UUAAUUGGGUAGACUCUAUACCAUACCGUCGAUGUGAAGUUGUGCAGAUGUUCGACGUAUGCUAGCAUAUUCCCGAUUGCAACAUGGUGUCUCUCGAGUUUUUAGAUGAAGUGAAGCGUAUGAAUAAACGGCAGCUCUUUUACCAGGUGCUUAACUUUGGUAUGAUAGUGUCAUCUGCACUUAUGAUAUGGAAAGGCCUUAUGGUUGUCACAGGGAGUGAAAGUCCAAUUGUAGUUGUACUCAGUGGGAGCAUGGAGCCAGCUUUUCACAGAGGAGAUCUUUUGUUUUUAACCAAUUAUCAAGAAGAUCCAAUUCGAGUUGGAGAGAUAGUUGUUUUCAAGAUUGAAGGCAGAGACAUUCCUAUAGUUCACAGAGUCCUGAGACUACAUGAAAAGGAAGAUGGAACGGUGAAGUUUUUAACCAAAGGAGACAAUAACAUGGUUGAUGAUAGGGGACUAUAUGCCAAAGGUCAACUAUGGCUUGAAAGAAAAGAUGUUGUUGGUAGAGCAAGAGGUUUUGUACCCUACAUAGGCAACGUCACAAUAAUGAUGAAUGAUUAUCCAAAAUUAAAGUAUAUAAUUCUAGCUGGCCUUGGCAUAUUUGUGUUGAUACAUCGAGAAUGACAUCAUUCCCAGGAACUCUUGCCAAUCAUAGCUUAUCCUCAUCUUUGAGACAACUUUCUUCAUGGAUUUCAUCAUUUGUAGAGUACUGUCUAGAUUGUAGUACACCUCCUUAGUAUUUUCCAUCUAGCUUUUAUUUAUGUUCAUCAUCUUCCUGUCUUCUGAUUGUAACAGUUUGUACUGCUUGCUUGGUGCUUUGAAACACUUGUAACUAGUCUUAAAGUGUACCAAGAACCUGAAAGACUACUUUGUAUAGUGCUAAAGUUCAAAGCCUGUCUGGUCCUUUAUAUUUUAGUAUAUUUUCAAAGAUUGAAUUCAUUGUCAAUGAAAAUCAUGAGUGUAUCAUAUGUAAAACAAAUGUGUGAAAGACACAAUCUAAGAUCUAACAUUUGUUGCUAAAGUUUGCAAUCCUAACAUCAAAAGUUGAAAGUCCAGUCCUCAUUUUUUUAUCUCGCCUGCAUGACAUUGAUUGUCACCAAGGUUUAGUUUUUGAAAUGUCAUCACAACCUUAAAAGUAUAAGGACAAAUAUAAUGAAACAUGAAGAUAGGGAUAAUCAAGUCUCAAUAAUUAUGUAGCAUGGGUUUUAGGUCAUAUAAUCAAGGUCAAGGGUCAUUUAGGGUCGAUGAUGAACGUUGACCAUUUGUGGUAUCAAAAUCAAAACUUAAAAGACAAGUCCACCCCAACAAAAAGUUUAUUUGG